AUGGCAGCUGCUCUCGUUGUUAUUGAGGAGGAAAACCAGCGAGCUAUUCGUCGCGAGCGGGUUUUCCGAGAUCGUGUGCACCCGUUAGACGAGUUCAAUGACGAUCAACUUUUUAGGCGUUACAGACUGACCCGACCAAUCAUUCUGGAAGUAAUAGACCUUAUAGGACAAGAUGUAGAACACCCAACGAGAAGGUCCCAUGCUAUCCCAAGUACAUUACAAGUGCUAACAGCUCUAAGAUACUACGCUACCGGAUCCUUGCAAUUAGCGACCGCUGAUAUGGUUCAUGUAAGUCAGCCAACCGUGUCGAGGAUAAUUACUGGAGUAUCGGAAGCACUGGUGAACAGAGCAAGGCAGUUCAUUUCGUUUCCUCAUGAUCUGGAGACCCAAGAGCGCAUUUCUGAAGGAUUUUACACGAGGAGAAAUAGGAUUCCAAACGUACUUGGCUGCAUUGAUGGGAGUUUGGUUGCCGUCAGAAGUCCAACUCAGAAUGAAGAGGCUUAUGUGUGCAGGAAAGGUUUCCAUGCUUUGAACAUCCAGGGUGUGUGCUCCCCUGAUUUGAAGUUCACGGAUAUCGUCGCACGUUGGCCCAGAUCCACUCAUGAUGCAUUCAUAUGGUCCAAUAGUGAACUAAAUCGUGGUAUUGGUCAUGCCGGGUUUCUACUUGGAGACAAGGCGUAUCCAUUGCGAUCGUGGCUUCUUACCCCAGUUCGAAAUCCAGCGGAUGCAGCUGAAAGGCGGUACAACGCUCACCAUCGGCGAGUACGUUCAGUCAUCGAAAGGGCAUUUGGGCGUUGGAAGAUGAGAUGGCUGUGCCUCAACAGAGAAGGUAAUGCCUGUUAA